AUCAUGAAUAUCCUAAUACGCAUGCUCAGUUGUGCUAAAUCUGUAGGUCAGCAGGGAAACUCCUCAUUUGAAUACAACGAACAAGGUGAGAGGACUGUUGUUGGCUAAACGGAAGAAGCUGUAAUUGAGAGCGAGGCUGCCCCCUGCAGGUGGGAUGGAGAGGUGACGUGGGCGCCGGAAAAGAGAGGCAGAGCGAGGCGCCGGCGACCAUGACGGAAUGCUUCCUGCCCCCUAGCAACAGUCCCGGCGAGCCGCGGCGCGCGGACCACCCCGCGGGAAUGGCGCGCACGCCCAGCUCCGAGGAGAUCAGCCCCGCCAAGUUCCCGGGCCUGUACCGCGCGGGCGAGCACACGCCGCCCCGCGACGGCCACCUCGAGCCGCCCGACGCCGUCUCCGACGAGGAGAAGGAGCACGGCAAGAAGAAGAACAAGUUCAAGAAGAAGGAGAAGAGAACUGAGGGCUACGCCGCCUUCCAGGAGGACAGCUCGGCCGACGAGGCGGAGAGCCCCUCCAAGAUGAAGCGCUCCAAGGGCAUCCACUUCAGGAAGCCCAGCUUCUCCAAGAAGAAGGAGAAGGACUUCAAGGCCAAGGAGAAGCCCCGCGAGGACAGGGCCAAGGAGAAGAAGGCCAAGGACCUGACGACGGCGGCCGAGGUGGUCAAGCAUUGGAAGGAGAAGAAGAAGAAGAAGAAGCCCGCCGCCGCCGAGCCGGAGCCGCCCGUCGUCGCCGCCGCCGAGCCGCUCGCGCCGCGGCCCGUCUUCGGUGCGCUGCUGGCCGAGGCGGCGGAGAGGACGGCGCUCUACGACGGGAUCCCGCUGCCCGCCGUCUUCCGCGAGUGCGUGGACUUCGUGGAGAGCCACGGCAUGACGUGCGAGGGCAUCUACCGCGUCUCGGGGAUGAAGUCCAAGGUGGACGAGCUGAAGGCGGCCUACGACCGCGAGGAGAGCCCGCGCCUGGAGGACCACGACCCGCACACGGUGGCCAGCCUGCUGAAGCAGUACCUGCGCGAGCUGCCCGAGGCGCUGGCGCCGCGCGAGCUGACGGCGCGCUUCGAGGACGCGUGCGGCCGCCCCGCCGAGGCCGAGCGGCUGCGGGAGCUCCGCCGGCUCCUGGCCGAGAUGGCGCCCUGCAGCCGCCUGCUGCUGGCCUGGCUCGUCACCCACAUGGACCACGUCAUCGGCGCCGAGGCCCACACCAAGAUGAACAUCCAGAACGUCUCCAUCGUCCUCAACCCCACCGUGCAGAUUGGGAACCGGGUGCUGUACGUCUUCUUCACCCACGUGAAGGAGCUCUUUGGCGACGUCACCCUGAAGCCAGUGGUCCACCCCCUGCGCUGGUCCAACAUGGCCGCCAUGCCCCAGCUGCCCGAUACUGCAGAGAGCAUCAAGGAGGAGAUCCGCAGACAGGAGUUCCUGCUGAACAGCCUGCACCGUGACCUGCAGGCGGGGGUGAAGGACCUGUCCAAAGAGGAGCGCCUGUGGGAGGUGCAGCGCAUCCUGACGGCUCUCAAGAGAAAGCUGCGCGAGGCCAAGCGACAGGAGUGUGAAACCAAGAUUGCGCAAGAGAUCGCCAGCCUCUCCAAGGAAGACGUGUCCAAGGAGGAGAUGACGGAGAAUGAGGAGGAGGUGCUCAACAUCCUUCUGGCCCAGGAGAAUGAGGUCCUGACCGAACAGGAGGAGCUGCUGUCUCUGGAGCAGGCCCUGCGGAGGCAGAUCGCCACCGAGAAGGAAGAGAUAGAGAGGCUGAGGGCCGAGAUCGCAGACAUACAGAGCCGGCAGCAGGGGCGCAGCGAGACGGAGGAGUACUCCUCGGACAGCGAGAGCGAGAGCGAGGACGAGGAGGAGCUGCAGGUCAUCCUGGAGGACCUGCGCAAGCAGAACGAGGAGCUGGAGGUAAAGAACACGCACCUGAACCAGGCCAUCCACGAGGAGCAGGAGGCCCUCAUAGAGCUGCGGGUGCAGCUGCGCCUCCUGCAGGGGGAGAAGCUUCAGCAGGAGCAGCCGCCGCAGACUGGCCCAGAGGUCCGGGCCGUGGAGCCUGCCAAACACAGCGUCGUCUGGGACUCUGCCGCCAACGCCGACCCCGCCACCACCGCGGUCGGCACAGCCAGCAAGGAGUCCCUCAAGCCCUCCCCCAGCAAGGACCGCCAGGAGGUGAACCCGUGAGCCUUCCCAUUGUCAUCAUCAUCGUCAUCAUGGCUACCUUACUUGGGCAUGAUGGAUCCACCUGAGCAGCGCUGGUUCAGGAGAGACCCCCCCCCCCCCUUUUGUGUAAACCCUGUGAAAGUCUCUGCAUUAAGGUGUGGUAGAUUGGCUGUGGGCUGCUUGGUCAGUGUCCAUGUCUCAUUUAAUACCUGGGGUCCCCUGGGUGUGAGACAGGGGGAUGCUGGUAUUUACACUGCUCAUCCCAUUAAGAGCACUGUUGACUCCCCCAGCUGCUGGAAACUAAAUGCCCUCAUCGUGACCAGGGAGUGGCGUCUUGGGUUAGCAAUUCGGUUAAUGUUACACCAACGGUUUUAGCGCAACACACUCAUCCAACCUUCCCACGUUACGUAUAUAUCAGUGAGGAGCAGUGGUA